GAAGAGUUCAUUUACAGUUCUGCCUGACCUACUGCAUGUUCAGUCCUCCACGUUAUUUCAGAAAGACUUGGAUUACUGGAUUAUUGUGACAGUCGUCGUCAGUUUUUAAAAUCGACCUACAAACUUCCAGUGAAUUUUAUUUUCAUUAUAAGCUGUUAUUAUAGUGCGUGCGUUUGUGUUUAUAACAGGAGGGCUGGUGUUCGCAGGUCUACUGACUGUCUGUUAGCGCGUGAAGUUCUCACUUGAGGUAAAUUGGGGUUAUGAGAGGGUCACCUCAUGCUGAGACCCCCCCGAGUCAUGUCUUUGUGCGCGGAAUGUCCUGCAGAAGCGUCUUCACCCACAGACGGAACUCCAGUGUCGAGCAGCGCCUCGGGUUCAGUCUCGCGCUGCCAGAUUCCUCACUGUGCACGAGACAAUGCGCACGCGCCAACACAAGACAAACCUAUACUUGCUCCACCGAUGUUCAUCUUCCAAAAAAUGACUGGCCCAGUAAAGAGAACACUUGAGCAUGAUGGAAGUGCAGCUGUUGUAAAUAAACGAAUCAGAUCGAUCACCUAUCCUUCUUUGCUCAGUCGCACCAAAAAAGCAGGCUCACUUGAAGGUGGUAGACGAAUGCGUUCAAGCUCUUUCUCAUCCCCACUACCUCUAAAUGCAUCUCCACUGGGCAAGGUGAAGAGUAUGCAGUUAAAGCCAGCUUCAUUUGUAGAACCUAAACAACAUUGCCAUGAUCUGCCUCAUUUCAAAAAGGUUGGCCUUGAUGCAGAUGGAGAUUUUUCAAAAAGUAAAAUCAGCCAUUCAUCAUCAGCUGAUGCUUUGCAGCAAAGGAUUUUACCACAGAACAGCAGAAGCCUCUUCCAGAUGAAUACGGGCAUCACUGGAGUCCAGUUUGUGUUUGGGGAGAACAUGAGUGAGAGAGUGGUGAGGCCGUGUAGUGAUGACAUGUCUGAUUCAGACGGCAGUUCUACCGACUCAGAUUCCCCCAGUACAGAAGCCACUACCAAAAUGACUGUACGGCACACACUGUGGGAGUCCGCGGCAGCAUACACAGCCUCCUCCCGACACCGCUGUUUACUCAAACAAGUCCAGGUCAUCACUGGAGAGGAGAAUGAGAGCAAUGUGGUCCAGUUGAUGUGCAAGCUGUUCAUACUGGAAAGAGGAACCCAGUCGUGGACUGAGAGGGGAAGAGGAGUCCUACGAUUGAAUGACUUGCAAACCAAAUACAAAGGAUGUCUUCAGUCAAGAAUGGUAAUGAGGCACCAGGGCAGUCUGAAACUGAUCCUUAAUACCAAGCUCUACCCACACACACACUUGCAGCGCCCGACAAGGAGGAACCUACAGGUGACGGCGACCGAUUUGGAGAGCCACAGUGUCCGAGUGUUUUUGAUCCAGGCCAGUGCUCGUGACAUUGCCCGGUUAUAUGUGGCCAUCCACCACAGACUGGUAGCUCUGCGCCAUAUUAAUGCUGCAUUCAGCGAACAAGAGGGACAUUACAGCAGUGAUGAGGAUGAUGAAUAUGAAAAAGAGAAGGCUCUUGAGAAAAGGGUUUUAAGCGCAAACACAAGAUCAGGUGAUUGUAAUCGGAGGAACACUUAUCCAAGACUUUGUACUUGAACAUUCGCUAACCUAAUGUCUGAAGACGCUUCCCACUGUACGUCUGCUCAGUGGCAUUCGGUAAACAGCAAGACCAUCUGUGUUCAUACACAAAACUGAAGACCACAGGGAAACAACAAGGAAAAUAUGAAGACAGACUCUUUCCUUUUCCAGCAUCACUGUGCCCCGUGGACAAAGCCAAGGUCCAAUAAGAGAACACAUUUGGUGUGCGGAGAGCCCUGACCUCAACCUCUUUAGACAACUUUGGGGUGAACUGGAACACAAAUAGCCAGCCAAGCUUCUUGGCCAGCAUCAGUGACUGAUCUCACAUAAGCUCUUGUGACUAAAUAAGCCAAAUAUUUAUAGGCACAUGAAUUGAAAGCUGUUACAAGCACAAAUGGGUGUGGGGUACAAUGUCAUGUGAUUUUAAUGUUUAAUAAUAAAUACCAUGUUGGGUUUACUAGAGUCCAACUCCAGCACACCUAAUUUCACUCAUCAUUAUGACCGGGUUUAGUGGGUGGGUUAAAACAUGUAAAUCAACAGUGCUGAGAGUAUUUCUUACACACUGGAGAAAUCCAUGUAAAUGUGUAAAUUGUUUUGUUUUUAUCCUAAAGCUAAUUGAUAUGAUUGUUGACCACAGGGUGGCACUAUAGACCAUUGAAGAAGUCCCUAAAAUUGUGAAUCGUGAAUACACAGUAGUGUAAAACAACAUUCUUCAACCCAGGACCACUUUUCAAUUGCUUUAUAUGAGAAUAAUACAAGAAUGUCAAUUGGAAGUUUCCGUUUGUCUCAGCCUGUCUUCGAUAACACCAGCCCUGUCUGUUACAGUGCCGUAAAAAUUAAACUGCAGUGAAAAUUCUGCAUUGUUUGGCAUUUUUAGCUCAGCUGUCCUGCACAGGGGCUUUUCUAUGUUUUUGUCCCAUUAGAAAAUACCAUCAUGUUAGGAAACUGCUAACUGGAAUCAGUGUUUUUUGUCUUGUAGUUCAAAACAGAAGUUUUAACAUUAGAAUAAUUUAAUCUAAUGUCAUGUUUCUGUACAUUUCGUUAUAUUUAUAGAAGUUUGUAUGUGCAAAUAUAAGCACUACAACAG